AUUGCCAGCGAAAUAGCGGUCGAGGAUUUUCUCCCACCGACUGCACUGUCGCGCGAUCAACUAUAAAAUCAUGCCCACCCAAUCGUGACAUCGCAGUGCAACAAGUGAACAUGUUUCUUGGACAAGUGAUACCAGACUUUGAGGCUGAGAGCACUCAAGGGCCUCUCAAGUUCUACUCCUGGCUGGGAGACUCUUGGUGUGUCUUAUUCUCACAUCCGGCGGAUUUCACUCCUGUGUGCACAACAGAACUGGGCAGAAUUGCUGUUCACUAUCCAGAAUUCGCGAAGCGCAACUGCAAACUUCUCGCUCAUUCGGUGGACGAUUUGGGCAAGCACGUGGACUGGGUGAAUGACAUCAAGAGCUACUGCCUGGACAUUCCUGGGGAUUUUCCUUAUCCCAUCCUGGCGGAUCCUGAGCGCACUUUGGCAGUACAAUUUGGCAUGAUUGACGCCGAACAGCGCAAUGAUCCAGAAAUGGCUCAAACCGUGCGGGCUCUUUUCAUAAUCAGCCCGGACAAGAGAUUGCGCCUCUCAAUGACCUAUCCAGCGUCAACGGGCCGCAAUGUCGAUGAAAUUCUCCGCUGUAUCGAUUCGCUCCAGCUCGUUGAUAAGCUCAAAGUGAUCGCAACUCCGGCUAAUUGGACGCCCGGUGAAAAAGUCAUGAUCCUCCCGGAGGUCACGGAUGAAAUUGCUGAGAAGUUGUUCCCGAAGGGCGUCGACAGAGUCUCAAUGCCGUCCGGCAUAAACUACGUCCGCACGACGACAAAAUAUUAG